UAAUGACUAAUCAUUAAGUUCUCCAUCAUGUAAAUUGUAAAAAGAGGGGGUGGGUUUAAUUACAAAACUUUUGUAUGUUUUGAACCUUUGGUGAUAAAGCCGGACUGAAAUAAUAAUCUGGUCCCGGGUUGACUGGUCCGACCGACCGGUUCGGUAAGAAAAUUAACGAAUCUUUUCUUUUUCACUUUCCCGAUUCCGCCAUCGCCAUCGAGUCGUUCCGACAAAUUAAAUCAGUUUAACAGCAGCAAAACAGUCCAUGGCGGCGAAGAUGACGACUCAGUCGCAGUUCUUGGUGAACCUCUCUUACGGCAUCGCCUCCCAAAGCAAUCUCAGAGCGGAUAAUCGUGUCUCAUCUUCAUCUUGUCAAAUCACACGACCGAAUCGGUCAUGGGCUUUGCCAGUUUCCUUAAAAGUCGAGAAAUUUCAAUCCCAACGAGGAAGGAGAAGAAGAGGAUCACCAUGUUUUGGGAGCUUUGAGAACGAAGGGUCGCUCAGAAAUGGAAUCGGUGAUGCAGAUGGGAUUAUAAUUGUUGAUCACGGUUCUCGUCGCCGUGAAUCCAAUCUUAUGCUUGAGGAGUUUGUGAAAAUGUUCAAAGACAAAACUGGGUACCCAAUUGUGGAGCCUGCUCAUAUGGAACUGGCUGAGCCAUCUAUAAAAGAUGCAUUCAGUUUGUGUGUACAAAAAGGGGCAAAACGUGUGGUUGUGAGCCCAUUUUUUCUUUUUCCUGGAAGACAUUGGCAUAAGGACAUUCCCUCGUUGACGGCUGAUGCUGCAAAGGAGUUCUCUGGCAUCUCAUACCUCAUAACUGCACCUCUCGGCCUUCAUAAUCUCCUCAUGGACGUUGUGAACGACAGAAUUCAACAUUGCUUGAGCCAUGUUGAAGGUGAUGCUGACGAGUGUCUGGUUUGUGCUGGAACAGACAAGUGUAAGAUCUACAAUAGUUCUUAGGUGUACAUGUAAGAACGUUUUUGCAUAUCUGUUCUUAGUUCUUUCAGAUGCGGAUAGAAAAGGGAGGCGUAUUAUAUUGUUCAUAGUCAUCAUUUAGUCCACGUCCAAUGUACACCAAUUUCGAGAUUAUGGCCUGUUCUUCUUAUUGCACAUUAAUAAUAAAGUACUACGACAAUAUAAUAAGAGUUGUCUGUUAAAGUUGUCUC